AUGCCCAAACGGAAAGCUCCUCCCAAACUUUCUGGUCUAUUGGGCUCAGAUGAUGAAGACAUCAUGCAAGUUGAAGCGACCGAAACACAAGAAACUCACGAGCCUCCCGCCAAAAGACGGAGAGGCAGACCGCGUACCUCAAACGAGAAUGUGACCGAGACCAAACCUGCCAAACCUGCUACUCGAACAAGAAAGCAGCAAGCAGCUGUAGCUACAGCUGACGCUGAACCCCCUACAAACAAAAAGACCACCCGCCGAGGACGACCCACAGGAAACAGCCGCACAGCGCAAGACGCUGAAACAUCUGCACAGGCAACCGAGACGGAGGCUAUGGUAUCAGAGCAGGAGGAUACAGACAACCAGGAGAAUGAAGACCCGCGUGUCUCAAGGAACACAAAGAAGCUGCCGCCCAAGGCCGCGAAAGCUGCCGCAGCGCGCAGUCGAGGACGACCUCGUGGAGUCAGCACACAACUCCACACAGAUGGUGAAUUUCAGUUUACCCCAAGUGGUUCUCGGCACGUUAGUUUCCAGGCUCCCCACACAGAACAAGUCGAGACGAGCCCUCUUGCUCGUGCCGCGAGCCUGGGAGGAAAGGAACCUGAAGUUGAAGAUUCUCAACAGAACGAGCAACCUGCAGCAGAGCUUGUAGAUGAGACUAUCAUUCACGAGGAACCGGCCUAUAAUCGCAAAUCGAUGUCCCCCGUGAAGAACGCUCGCUCUCGGCUAUCCAUAUUACGCAACUCGCAAGAUCCCUCUCCUCGUAAACGCAAGCUUGGGGGCACCGACUCCGAGCAGGGGGGAGAUCCAGAGUUGAGACGCAGGCUGGGUGAACUGACCAAGAAGCAUGAUGCUUUGGAGAGUAAAUAUCGCAAUCUACGGGAAAUCGGGAUUGUCGAAGCCAACACCAACAUGGAGAAACUGCGAAAGCAAAGUGAGACUGUUACUAAAGCAUCGAAUGAAUUGAUCGCUUCGCUCAAGGCCGAAAUUGAUACUCAGCGAAAGCUAGGACUGCAAACCCGUGGACUCCAGAAGCAACUCAAAGACCGUGACGAUGAAUUGGCUCGACUCAAAUCUAGCGCCGAUGAGGCCCAAGAACAACUUGCAUCUGCCCAGUCUGAAGUCAAAGCCUUACAGACCAAGCUUGCUGCGGCGCGGAACACAGCUGCCAGUCUCGAGGGGGCAGCAAAGGUCCCUGGCAGUGCCAUCAAGGGCGGCGCCGCCAACCGGGCUAACGCAGCUGCAACUGCCGAGGCGGCACAGGCUUCCCAGCUCGCCCAAUUAAAAGAAGAUUUAUACAGCGAUUUAACAGGACUGAUCGUUCGUGAUGUCAAGAACAGAGAGUCAGAUUAUCUAUACGAUUGUAUCCAGACUGGAAUCAACGGAACCCUUCACUUCCAUCUUGUUGUGCCAAAGGCCUCGGGUGAUUACGACAAAACUGAGUUCCAAUACCUGCCUCACUUGGACCCUAAUCGCGAUCGCGAUCUGGUCAACUUACUGCCAGACUUUUUGACCGUAGACAUCACCUUCGUCCGCGGACAAGCAGCUAAGUUUUAUACGCGAGUCAUUGAUGCCCUCACAAAGCGGCGGUCUCUUCCGGCGCAAUAG